AUGGCUGGUGAUAAGAUCCGUAAGAAAUCAAAGGCGACAAAGGAAACCGCCUCAUUGGUCGCGAAGAUCAAGGCCAAGGCUUUAGAAAACCAAAAGAAGAUAUCAACCAAUGAUGAAGAAGUGCAUAGCGAUGGGGUCUCUGAUUUUAAACCGUCGUCUAAACAAGCGGAAAAGAACGCGGACGUUUCAACCCAGGAUGAUGAUGAUGAGGAGUCCUUUGAAUCGUUUGAAGAGCUAAAUUUGGUCCCUGAACUACUUGAAGCCUGUAAGAACCUAAACUACUCUAAACCUACGCCGAUCCAGUCUAGAUCAAUUCCGCCUGCCUUAAAGGGUAAAGACAUAAUUGGUUUAGCCCAAACAGGAUCAGGUAAGACUGCUGCAUUUGCGAUUCCUAUUCUGAACAGUCUGUGGCACGACCAGCAACCAUACUACGCUUGUAUUUUAUCCCCCACAAGAGAGCUGGCUCAACAGAUCAAGGAAACCUUUGACUCUUUGGGUUCCUUAAUGGGGGUCAGAUCUGUUUGUAUAGUUGGUGGUAUGAAUAUGAUGGACCAGGCUAGAGAUUUGAUGAGAAAGCCCCAUAUUAUUAUUGGUACUCCCGGUAGACUGAUGGACCAUUUGGAAAAUACUCGUGGCUUUUCCCUAAGAAAUUUAAAAUACCUAGUUAUGGAUGAAGCAGACAGACUGCUAGACAUGGAGUUUGGUCCGGUAUUAGACAGAAUAUUGAAAAUUAUCCCAACCCAGGGUAGAACUACUUACUUAUUUUCCGCUACCAUGACCUCCAAGAUUGAUAAAUUGCAAAGAGCCAGUUUGACAAACCCUGUCAAGUGUGCUGUAUCGACCAAGUACCAAACUGUUGACACAUUGGUGCAAACACUAAUGGUUGUCCCCGGUGGUGUUAAGGACACUUACCUAGUUUAUUUGCUCAAUGAGUUCAUAGGUAAAUCGAUGAUUAUUUUCACCAGAACAAAAGCUAAUGCUGAAAGGAUAUCUGGUCUUGCCAACUUACUACAGUUUAGUGCCACUGCACUACACGGUGACUUGAACCAAAAUCAAAGAACCGGUGCCUUAGACUUGUUCAAAGCGGGCAGAAGAUCAAUCUUGGUUGCCACUGACGUUGCUGCAAGAGGUUUAGAUAUUCCUUCUGUCGAUGUGGUCAUCAAUUAUGAUAUUCCAGUGGACUCCAAAUCAUACAUCCAUCGUGUGGGUAGAACUGCCAGAGCAGGACGGUCUGGUAAAUCCAUCUCAUUGGUUUCGCAAUAUGAUCUUGAAUUGAUACUAAGAAUCGAAGAGGUACUGGGGAAAAAACUACCAAAAGAGAAUGUAGACAAGGACAUUGUUCUAGCCUUAAGAGAUUCGGUCGACAAAGCCAAUGGUGAGGUGGUCAAGGAAAUGAGUAGAAGGAACAAGGAGAAGCAGGCAAGAGGGAAAGGCAGACAUGGCAGAAUGAUGCUCAAAGAUGGAUCGGAUAAAGAAGAGCGCUGA